AUAGUGGUUAUGUUGAUAAAGUUGGUUGAUGUUAAUAGUUAAAAUCGUUGAUGACAAUGGCCGAGGAAUAUGUGGUGUUUAACGAUGUGUUGACAUGAUAAAUUGCGAUGAUGCUAGUUGUGAUGGUGAAAAUGAUUGACAAUAUAUAAAGAUUACCGUAGUGAUUUUGAAGAUGAUGAUGAUAAUGAUGAUUGAUGAUUUGUUAGUUGUAAUUGGCGGUGGUACUGGCGUUGGUUGGUAAUAUGGAUUGACCGCAAUAGCGGUAGGUGAUUUAUAAUGGUGGUAGAGACGGCAAUGUUAAUGGUAAUCAAUAUUAAUAUAAUUAUAAUGAUGAAGGGGAAGGUAUGGCAGUUGUUGACACUAUUGAGAGUGAUGGUGGUUGUCAGUGAUGAUUGUGAUGACAUACAUUACUGAUAGUGAUUGAAGAUAAUAACAUAGGUGGUUAAUGAUGGUGAUUGAUGAUGUAAUUCACUCCCCUUUUAACUAAACGUCUCAACUUUUAUAGCUUAACUUGCUAAUGUUCUAGGUUUUUGUUUUUUCUUUUGGAGGGAGAGGGGGGGAGAUCCAAAUUUUGAAGUGAAAUUUCCUAAACCUUUGUCACAUUUGCCCAUUCAUUUGAUGAGUUUUUGGGAAAUUUCCUCAUGGUGUUAACCCUCCAUUCUGUAAUUCUCUACAAUGUAUAUAAAUAUCAUUUCACAACACACAGAAGAAAAUCAUCAAAAUAUUAAGCUCAGAAUAAUGUGGCAUUGCUCUUUCUCUUCCCUCUCACUUUGCUGCUUAUUCUUACUGUUAACAAUAACACCAACACACUUACCUGAUUUCCCCACCAUUGUUAGACUGGAUAAACUCAACCUGCAAAGAAUGCUCAGAUAAGUCAGCAGACAUAAACUACAACUUUUAUGUUACUUCACUCCAAGCAAUUCCUAUAACUCAUGUUACCAACUUACAAUGAGUAGGAAUUGUAGCAAUGGAGCUGGCUCUAGAAAAUGCUACCAACACGAUUUCGACCAUUGAGAAGAUGCUCAGUAGCAAAGAGUUUGAUCCUUUUGCUAUGAACUGUUUUAGAGAUUGCUUGGAACUUUAUGCAGAUGCUAUUACCAUGCUGGUGGAUGCUUUUGUUGCGUUCUUGGCUGAGCAUUUUGAUAUAGCUUCUGUACUAAUGAGGACAGUUAUGGAUGCAACAUCAACGUGUGAUGAAGAGUUCACUGAGAAGAAAGGAGAGUCGACACUACUAGCAAAGGAGAAUUACAAUCUCUUCCAAUUGAGUGGCAUCUCAUCGUGCAUCAUUAAACAAGUUUCCUCUGUUCCUUCUCAGCUAAUUAAUGUAUCUUCUUAACAUGUGGCUGCUAUAAAUUGUGUACUGAAUGGGACACCAAAGGGUUGCUAAAUUCUUGUAGAAA